CAGAAAUCUUACGAUAGCUUCCGGACGAGAUCAAAUCGCGAAUCACGCUUCCUGGAUUCGCCAGAAUUGCCCAAUCCGCCAUACAUAAGCAGCGCAGCUGCAGAUAUGGGCUGUCGACAUGGCUUCCACUCCUCCCGUGCCCUCCAAGGCCGCUCUUAAUGCUCUCCGAGGCGUCCUUUUCACAACAUCAUGUUCGGUCGCUUUGCUCGCCGAAGAGCGCCGUCGUCGACUCAAGAUAGCUCGCUCGGCCAUUGAUAAUGCGCGGAAGCUGCAUACCGUCAAAAGCAACAGGGGCGCCGUUGCACUGAGCGAAAGCUGGGAGGAUAGGCUUGCAGAUCUUGGGGAUGAGGUGUUAUCGCUGCCGUCUGCCUCGCGAUCCAAAAAUCCCUAUCGAAGACGACGCCGGGGUAGCUUCUCCAACUCUCCCGCCCUUGAUGGAGAUGCUCACAUACAUCGACAUUCAUUCGAGCAUCAUGAGAACACUAGCAGAGUCGCGUCUAGCAGCAGAGAGCAAAAAGCUGAGUCGCAUAUCUCAAAUUUCGGGUUGGAUGCGGCUAGAUUUAUUCUGCCACUGACCGAUAUUCGGCCGCCGGAUAUCUCCUUCAAGCCUUUGACGGCUCCUACGAUAUCCGCUCUACCAUUUCCUUCCAAUGAGACGGCUUCACAAAAACCUGGAACAGAUGUAGAUACGCAGGUUAAAGUUUCUCUACAUAGAGAUGACGAGCCAAUCCCAAGGCGCUCGAAAGCGCGAGACGGUUCACUGUCUUUGCAUGGACCUUUGCAAUUCGACUCUUCGGCUCAGGUCCGCCUUUCGCUGGCCACUAUUUUAACGCCAGACAAAGCCACUCAACCCUAUCUCGAUCAAGUUACAAAGCUUGAGCAAAUGCUACAGGAUUUAGAGGUGCACCAAGCGAAUCACACUUUGACAUCCGAAUUGUUGAAUACGGCUGUUGAUCAGCUACAAAUUUCAAUGGCAUCUCGACCAACAACUCCCAGGUUGAGUAACCUUGUGAAAUCAAGUGGAUUACGAUUGCUCAGCAUUACGAUCAAACAUGAUUCUACUAAAAUCACAACUAUUCUCGCAACCCUACUUCCAAUAUUUAAGGACCCGAUUCAAGUUCUAUCGCCCGUAGUUAAAUGGCUAUGGGAGAAGAAGGAUAAGAAAGGGUUGGAACAGCUUCUUGAAUUUCUUUCAGAGAACAAACAAAAAAGGUUCUGGAUGCAGGGUAUGAUGAUUUAUCGAAUGCUCUCUGGUCUGGAUGAGGCUAUGGAAAGCUUCAAAGAUAUCAAGCAGAUCUAUCGCCUUCUGCAGAGCGCCGGCUUAUACAAAAUGAUUGCCGUACCCUCCAAUGUUGAAUACAAAAUGCGCCGGCUUAUGGUUUCGAAGGCUCUCAGGGCGGGGGAUGAUCCCUUUGCUCAAGAGGAGAUGAAAUACCUUUGUAUAUUGGAUCCGGAUGCAACAAAUUCAGACAUAAAGCUCCAAAGUAGGCUAAUAGUCCGAGAGGCUGCUCUUGGGCACUGGGAGUCAGUUCGUGAUGGCAUAGAGGCGCUUGAGGGUGCUAAUAGCACAAGACCAAACGAUUUGCGAUACACAAUCAGCAAAAUUAUUGAUGUUUUCGUUCAAACUUGCUCUGCGGAAGGCCUCGAGACCUUGCUCAGGAGAUUUGUGCGCAACUAUAGCAUACCUCUAAAGUCCAGAUGGGUUAACCUUGUCUUGGAUCGAUAUGCAAGCCGCCAUGACCUCGAUUCAAUGUUUUCAUGGCUCCAAUUUUGCUCCCAAGCCGGAUUUCAGAUGGAUGAUGCGUUUAUACGCCGCUUCUACUCUGGGUGUCGCAAGUAUUGGAGCUUCUCCGACAAAACAAUUACAAGCUUGCAUCAAAAUCUUCAAGGGUUAGCACCAGCCCUUUCGGAUGUACUUCCAAGUAAAGCCGACGGGAAAAGAUUAAGCGAUGUGCCACCCGCUUCGCUUCAAUCACACAGCUGGUUGUCUGAGGCAGAUGCUUUCGAUUGCAUGGAGUGGCUUUCGGCCCAGAACGAGUGGGAGCGCGUCUGUGAGGCGUACCGCCGCUUGCUGUUGAGCGGGCUAAGCCCAUCAAUACGCUGCCUUCGCCUGGCAGUCAUAGGCUACCUCAAGAAGCAAGAUGGGAGUGUUAGUCAGGCGGCGUCACUCAUUGACGAAGCUCGUAGUCGAGGCUACGAUGUUACAGAAGCCCUGACUCCGCUGCUAUUAACGAGGCUUGAGAAUGGCGAUGAUGCUGGCGAUCUUAUUAAGCAAGCCCUGCGUCAAGGGGCUCGCAUUCAUGACAGCGUGUAUAACAAAGCUGCCCAAAUACUCUCAGCAAAGGGCGACUUGAGAGGAGCCGCCACAGUAUGCGAGGUAGCGGCAAGGGAGAACGGCAAGGGAGAACUCUUGUACAGCGAGUACAACUUUUCCAACUUGGUUUUCGCAUACACCGGCUCUGCCAGUUACAAGGCUUUGAAGUCUGUCCUAGCCAAGUUUACGUCGGAAGUCCAGUGGUGGCGCGGCAGCCGGGCGUGCAAGGAGAGCAUCAAGCUAGCGAUGAAGACGACGGCGAUGCGAGCUGUGGUACAUCCCAUGGAAAACAACGACCAUCGCGAGGCCCUUUACAAACUCGACGAGGCCCUCAUACACGUCAAGAAGUGUCGUUCCACUAGAGACGAUCGGCGUGCGGUGACAGAGGCGUUUAUACGAGUAGCUCGGCCUCUGGCAGCCGAGCCGGAGCAGAAUCCCUUGGAUGCACGCAGCUCGAAUGCAACUACAGUGGAAAUGCCAUCGCUAGAGCCGACGGGGGCGAAACAUUUUCAGAGAUCGGUUCUUAUGAAUCGACAGGGACUGGCAGCUGCGGGAGACUCAUGAUGUAAGGGAAGGUAGAGCCAAAAAUAUGUCCAUAUUGAGACUUGUAGCAUUAAAAGCGUCAGACAGUUACGUCUGGUAAAAGCAUUUGCAUAAGAUAUUACAUUAGAAUAACCUAAACAGAUCUUUAUUGGAUGUGUGCAGUAAAAUGAGC